GAGGCAAAUAUUAUCAGAAGCCAUUUUUCCAUUUUGUUAUUGGGCUCGCUAUUUAGCUUUCUACAUAAAACUCCUUAUACAGGGAGUAGAGAGUAGUGAAUGAUCACAAGUACAAAAACAACAUUUUUGGCUCAUAAGGCCAACAAGAGUUUAUGGCUUUGAGGUCAGGGUAAUGCUGCCUGUUGGUUUGGCAUGCUCUUAAACCCCAUUCAUUUCAUUUUUAUCUUUUUGUGCAGACUUAUUUACUUGGCAAAUGAAGGAGAAAAGGCACCAUUUUCAAAAGAAGACUCAAGUUACAUGUGGACUAGGCCUUAGGGAAAUGAUGACCACAGUAGAUGAUCUGACCCCAUUUCAACUGAUCAUAAAGUUGCAGAUAUAAAACAAAUUAUUCAAAACAACCUUCUGAGCAUGUCUGAAUAUCCAGCAUUAAACUCCCACUAAAAGAAUGUCUCCUCUCGUCCUCUCCUGUUUUCAUCUAUUGGAGUACACAUGCAUUUUGCUAAAAAAAUUGAAAUUCUAACAUAGUAUGUGAGCUUUAUAUAUAUAUAUAUAUCAGCAUGCCUCAUUUUGUUCCUUUCUAUCCUGCAGAGGUGAGUUCUGGCUGGGCAAUGACCAUAUCCAUUUGCUGACAAAAGCAAAAGAUAUGAUUCUGCGUAUCGAGCUAGAGGACUUUGAGGGUGUCCGGGAAUAUGCAAAGUAUGAUCAGUUCUAUGUGGCCAAUGAGUACCUACGCUACCGUCUGUCUGUCAGUGGAUACAGUGGGACGGCUGGGAACGCCCUCAGUUUCAACAAGCACUUCAACCACGACCAGAAGUUCUUCUCCACACCCGACCGCGACAACGACAUGUACCCCUCUGGGAACUGCGGCGGCUACUACAGCUCCGGCUGGUGGUUUGACGCCUGCAUGUCUGCCAACCUCAACGGGAAGUACUAUCACAAGCGAUACAAGGGAGUCAGGAACGGGAUCUUCUGGGGAACGUGGCACAACAUGUCGACCGAGUACUACCCCACCAACUACAGGCAGGCUUUUAAAACUGUCAAAAUGAUGAUACGGCCCAAGAACUAUGGUCCUUAAAAGGACAGGUAAAUAUUGGUGAGUGCAGUCAUGCAGGCAAAGACAAAGAAAAUGGAAGAGCAAGUACAUAAGGACUCAUACACACAUACACUCACUAGUAGUCAUGCAUUUACACAUUUACACAUGCGUACGUGUGCACCGAUAGGACUAUAAGUAGUUUGGUGCAUUAAUGAUAACAAUAAUUGUGAAAAAUUUAAGUGUGCUAUUACUUUUCCACUCUAGUGAGUGUGGCCUUCAAAAUGUUGGAUUAAAAUGAUGAUAAUAAAGGACAAUGGACUAUGAACAAUGAUGGACUAAUAAAAUUCUUUUU